UUUUACAUCAUUUUUCUUUCUAGCCUUCUUGUCGCACAUCAUUUUUCAGUAAUUACACUUCUUUUUCCUCUUCUUUAUUCCAUAUAUGGUGGUCGAAUACCAAGACGAGCCGCUCAAACGAUCACGAUGGGCCGUUAUCCGAUGGUUUCGUCUGGAUCGUUUCCAACCUGAACGCGCCGUUACAUCGUAUUGGAUGUCGUCGAAAGCUUUGCUGUUCAUUCGGAUACCGACGACUCUAUACUCGACCAUCAUUAUGUGGGGCUCGAUCGGCAACUCAUCAAUACAAAACGAAUUCCAGCGCUAUUUCGCCCAUUUCACUCAAUUGACAUUUAUCGGUCUACACGCAUACCUCGUCACCGCCCUUUAUCACCAUGUCCGCUACCUUAUGACACCACAACCUCAUCAACCUCGCUCGUUCUUUAAUCAGCCAUCCGUUCUCAACUACUUGUUUUUAUAUUUGUAUCAUAGCAUUGUAGUAUUCAACAUUAUUACGCCAAUCGUAUAUUGGUGCGCAUUGUCACCUGUCGCCUCGUCGGUUGAUGAGGAGGUUACGGGAAUGAACGAACCGCCAUUACAAUGGUGGAUCAAUACGUCAUUUCAUGGUGUCUCGUUUGUUCUGAUGAUGACGGAGGUUGUGUUUACCCGAAUGACGCUAUAUGUCAAUAUGGUGCUCCUAGUAUUCAUCAAUGUUGUUUUGUACAUGUUUUUAACGUUCAUCAUAUUUGCCACGACCGGCUGGUGGGUGUAUGGCUUUCUGGAUUGGAGCCAGGGCGGUAUAACAGCGGCUUGGUACAUUGGUGUUGGUGCAGCAUUUAUCGUUGUCUAUUUUGUACAAUUCCUAUUCCAUAUGCUCCGCGACUGGGUAGCCAGGAAACUGGGUCGAAAUCCGCGGAAGCCCGAAAUGCGACAAGCUAACGACGAAGAAGCAGGCCAAUUUGAAUUUAGAGAUAGUGGCAUUGCAACGCAUUCGGAGCCACAGCGCUAUUAAUAAUACAGUUAUAGAUAAAUUAACCCCCCAACCCCUCAUGUCUUCCUUUUAUCAGUUGUACUUUUACGUUUACUUUCUGAUUGGCCCCGUUUUCUAAGCUUUCGUACUCCCUCAAAGAGUUAUCUUAUCAGUGAAAUUCGCGUACGAACGAUUCAAGAUUAGAUAUCUCUCUCUCUCUCUUUCUCUCGCUC